CGACCAUUAUAGCCAGUGAAUACUCCGUGCUCAGCAGUCGGGAACAUUCCAGCCUCUCAGAAAAAAAAAUGAUUACAAGUAAAGAUUGCAUAAAACGACAAGUUAAUGGGGACGUGCUGGCAACACACUUUCAGUCGUGGUACGUAACCUUUUACUAUGAACCAUCGUCGUACGGAAUGUUGGCUGAGGACAUCUCACUUUACUUAUAUGGUGGACAGUCGACGAUGUUCCUCAUCAACAACAUGAUUGCUAUCAUUCCUGCUAUAAUAUUCUACACGUGGUCAGUUAUUCUUCUCCUCAAGCUAAGAUCUGUGGUUUCAAGUGAAGGCAUGUACACGACACAUACCAACGUCGAGAGAAGGCUUCUAAUUCCAUGCGUCAUCAACAUGGUAGUGUUUUCCGUCGGUCAAGUGGUGAUUACUCUUGGAACGGGACAUGGGAAAUGGGCAGGAUUUCUAGUGAUGCUCAUAUUUUGCACUAAAUCUGCUCUCAAUCUUUAUCUACUCCUUAUUUUCUCAAAAUCCCUCAGGUUUGUGGAGAAUUACGUUCGUAACAAGCACAUUGUUAUCAAUAACAUAUCAGGGUGUUCGGAAGAUAAUACAGAACUUUCAACUUUUAUGUUUAAGUGA